CCAAAGGUUGUGCGGAAACUUACGCCAUUAAAUAUUUCUUAACCAAAUUCUUUUUAAUCCCCACCACCGACGAAUUAGACCCCGAUGUGACCAAAGAUACUGAGCAUUUAAACCGCAAAGCGGAUGAAGACCAAAUAAUUAAAGGUAAAUACGAUGAAUUUGACCAACCUUUAACCGAACCAGGCCUGGCCGCUUUAAUGGAUGAGUACGAAAGCGAGGAUGAAGAAGAUGAAUAA